AGAUGAUUCCCAGACGGAGAGUUGUUGAUCUUCUGCACAGCAUUUCACGGGCAUCAUGUCGAUGUCCCAGCCAUUCAACAGAUGCCGGCGGAGGCGUCAAAGACAAUGCUUUCGAGAUGACGAGUUCCACCAUUCGAUAUGGGCCCGGUGUGUCAAGAGAAUUAGGGGCCGACCUGGCUAAUCUGCGGGUCAAGAAUGUCUGUUUGCUCAUCGAUAAGAAUAUUGUGGACAAACCAUCAGUGAGAACCGCUUUCGACUCCCUGACGAGACACAAGAUCAACUAUGAAAUCUUCCAAGACGUCCGAGUGGAGCCAACAGAUCAGAGUCUUCUGAAAGCCAUUGAAUUCGCCAGGAGAAGGAGUUUCGACGCUUAUGUCGCCAUCGGCGGAGGCUCAGUGAUGGACACAGCAAAAGCUGCCAAUCUUUAUGCUGCGCAUCCCGAAGCGGAAUUCCUGGAUUUCGUCAACAUCCCCGUGGGAAAGGCUAAAGAGGUCACAAAUCCGGUGAAACCUUUAAUAGCCGUGCCAACAACCGCCGGAACAGGAUCUGAAGCCACAGGGAUUAUUGUAUUCGAUUACAAACCGCUGCACAUCAAGACGGGAAUUUCCAACAAGGCUCUAAAGCCUGUGCUGGGACUUAUUGAUCCUCUCCACACACUCUCGUUGCCUGAGAGAGUGAUGGCCUAUGCAGGAUUCGACGUCUUUUGCCAUGCGCUCGAGAGCUUCACAGCUGUUCCUUACACAGAACGCGGUCCAAUGCCUGCGAAUCCCAAGCUAAGACCGCCUUAUCAGGGAAGCAAUCCCUUAUCAGACGUCUGGGCUAGAUUCGCUCUUUCCACAGUCAGGAAGCAUUUCAGAUCCGCUGUCUUCAAUCCUGACGAUGUCAAGGCCAGAGCUGAGAUGCACUUGGCAGCAUCAAUGGCUGGAGUUGGGAUUGGAAAUGCCGGCGUUCACCUUUGCCAUGGGCUUUCCUAUCCGAUAUCCGGUCUGGUGAAGUCUUUCAUCCCCGAAGGAUACAACAAAACGCACCCGAUAAUCCCUCACGGCCUCUCAGUGGUGAUGACAGGUCCUGCAGUGUUCAACUUCACUGCUCCUGCGUGUCCUGAGAAGCACUUGGAAGCUGCUGCUCUCCUCGGAGCUGACACGGCGAACACCCGAAGAGAGGACGCCGGACGGAAGUUGAGUGAAAUUGUGCGACAAUUUAUGUAUGACCUCAAGAUUGAGGACGGUUUGAGCGCUUUGGGCUUCUCAAGAGAGGACAUUCCGUCACUGGUGAAGGGAACUCUGCCCCAAGAACGAUUGAUAAAACUGGCGCCGAGAGAGCAAACAGAGGAAGAUCUCUCGCUACUCUUCGAAGACUCCAUGAAAGUCUACUAAAUCGCCGAAAGAUGGGCAAAAGAGCCGCUUUGCUGCACGAUUCAAAAUGUAUUCGGUGGAAAAAAUACACGGGAUUUGGGAAUUAUUUGCACAAUUCUUAAGUAAUGUGUUCGAG